AUGAAUUCCAGCGACACUCCCGCCGCGGAAACGCCCCCAAGCAUCUUCAAUUAUGUGCUCAGCUUCCUCCUAGUCGGCGUCGCCUGGGGCUUUACAACCCCCUUCAUCCGGCGCGCAGCGGUCGACUUUAACGCUCGCAACGAGCAGAAAGCGCAGACGCAGAAAGAACAGGAUGCCGCCUCCAGCUCUAGCCCGAGCUCAUGGGCAAUGCAGAAGCUUCUCUCCCUGUCGAGGACGGCUGCAAAUCUCCUGCGGACUCCUGGCUAUACCGUGCCAUUGCUGCUGAAUCUCACGGGGAGUGUGUGGUUUUUUCUGCUGGUUGGGAAGCAUGAACUUAGCCUCAGCGUCCCCAUCACAAAUUCGAUGGCGUUCCUCUUUACCGUGCUGGGGGAGUGGUGUGCUGAGGGGAAGGUGAUAUCGAAAUGUGAGUUUCUGAUCAGGAAUCCCACCCACCCCAUCUCCCCAACCGCUUUUUCCAAUAGUCUUUUCCGACUCGCUAACUCCCUUUUGUGCUGGGAUGAAGCAACGUGGCUGGGCAUGUUUAUGGUGCUGGGUGGGAUUGCGCUAUGUGUCCAUUCCAAGACGCAGUGA